AUGCCUCUUACCGGCGUGACUAGCCAGCUCCCACGCAUCUUCACCAGCAUCGGAGAGGACUACGACGAGAGGGUACUGCCAUCCAUCACCACAGAGGUCCUCAAGUCCGUGGUGGCCCGGUUUGAUGCCGGUGAGCUCAUUACCCAGAGAGAGCUGGUGUCUCGGCAGGUCAGUGACGACCUGACAGAAAGAGCCAACACCUUCGGCCUCAUCCUGGAUGACGUCUCACUGACACACUUGACGUUCGGUAAGGAGUUCACAGAGGCUGUUGAGAUGAAGCAGGUGGCUCAGCAGGAGGCCGAGAGGGCCAGGUUUGUCGUGGAGAAGGCCGAGCAACAGAAACAGGCAGCCAUCAUCUCAGCGGAGGGUGACUCCCAGGCCGCCCUGCUCAUUGCUAACUCCCUGCAGGAGGCUGGAGACGGCCUGGUAGAGCUGCGUAAGCUGGAGGCUGCCGAGGACAUCGCCUUCCAGCUGUCCCGCUCCCGCAACAUCACCUACCUGCCCGCCGGCCAGGGCACACUCCUCCAGCUGCCCCAGUGAGACUCACACACUCUGACCUAACCGCCCCUCCCUGUGACCAGCCAAUGCAUGGGCCAUGGAGGGUGGGGAGGGGGUGAGGGAACGGGCGUCCACCUUCACACUCUCUCCUCCCACUCCGACUAACUAUGGACUGGUGAAAUAAUGGCGGCUUGGGAGUGUGGAAAGAUCCAUGAUAAGGUUCUGAAGUCUGGGCAGUGUGUGGGGAAGAGGAGGGAGCCUUAGGCUUGAUCUAUGGUAAACUACAUAUAGUAAGUUCUGUCAAAAAUACAAAAUUGGUGAUGCAGUAAAUUAUCUUUGCUUUGUCUGGCAAAUUCAGCGCAGUGACAGAGUCCUGUGAUAUGAAGAAGUUGUAAUUGUGUUAAUUUAGGGGAAGAGCUGUAUGGAAUGUCAUGGAGGAUGGAACAUUUUAGCACUAUUGUAACCACCACAGCAAUCACAAUACUGGGGAUUUAUUGAUCUGAGAGGACAAGCUAUUUAAUCAACUGGAUUUACAUUAAUCUUAGCCAAGCACAAACUUCCAUGGGUGAAUAAGAUGCUGCUAUACACAAGUAGCGUAGGAUCCAAAGCACCCUUGUUUUUCCACUCAUAACUUUAAAUUACAUUGUACAAAUGAUCUGAACUAAUCUACCCAGAGCCAUAUAUUCAAAAUUUGACUCUGAAUCUACCCAUCCCUUUGACUUAGUCUAUUGUGUCGAUGGCCUGUCAAAUGUCCUCUCACAGCUAGCUUUCCUAAAAUCCUCAGUUUGAUUGCCAUGGAGUCCCAGUGCUGUACUCCCCUCUACUUGAUUGGAUCCUCUACAGAAUCAUCUUUGGUUUACUAGCAUGCUGUCCACACCACCUCAUCCAUGGUCCUCAGUGACAUGUCCCUCCUAGCCCAGUGGUAUGAAACGUGCCUGUAAGAUGGUCAAGUGUCAUAACCUUCCCUGAUUCUUUAAAGUUUGUCGCUGUGUCUUUAUUUUGAAGGAAGGAUAUGCAAGUCCCCGCAUUCCACUCAAUAUGUCUCAACUUAACAAUAAAAUUGUCCUAUUUCCACAGCA